CCCUGUCCCGGCGGGCCCCGAGGCCUGGGGGACCUGGGGGAGGGCGCAAGUAGGCGCUCCUGUGCGCCGUAGAUCCCGGGAGGCGCGUCCCUCUGUCCAGAUUUAAGCCUCUCUGUCCGAAAUCGGGUGCGCUAACGUGGGUCUCUUUCUUCGGGAAGGAGAAGUGCCCAGUUUUCCAGCGGGCAAAGCGGCGGGGGAGAUGUCACCCGCGCCGUCGCCUCCCCGCAGCCCGGCGCUGAGGGGCCCCUCCUCCAGCGCGCGGAGGAGGAAACAGGCAUCCAUUGCCACAGCGUUCUUUUGAGCCGGGAUGGGGGGUCAUCGGGUGGAGAGGCGCAGAGCUCAGCCGUCCGCCCCGGGGUUUAGCCUCGGUCCCCACCUGCCCUGGAGUCCCCGCGCUUCUGCUCCGGCAGCAGCCCCGGGCCGUCUGUGCAGUCAAGCUGGCCGGGGAAGGGCCCUGCCUGAGCGCUGGCAAGGCGGCUCCUGUCUGGGACGAGAUGGAAGAUGGAGUUUUAUCAUUGAAUGAUGAUGACAUUGAUGAUGACUGUCAGAUUCCAAACUUCCACAAAUGUGAAAUCUGCUUGCUGUCCUUUCCAAAAGAGUCCCAGUUUCAGCGUCACAUGAGGGAGCAUGAACAAAAUGACAAGCCACACCGAUGUGACCAGUGCCCCCAGACAUUUAAUGUUGAAUUCAACCUGACCCUUCAUAAAUGUACGCACAAUGCAGAAGACCCUGUCUGCCCCGUGUGCAACAAGAAGUUCUCCCGAGUGGCCAGUCUCAAAGCACAUAUUAUGCUCCACGAGAAGGAAGAGAACCUCAUUUGCUCUGAGUGUGGGGAUGAGUUCACGCUACACAGCCAGCUGGCCAUACACAUGGAGGAGCACCGGCAGGAACUGGCGAACAACCGAGUGCACACCUGCAAGGCCUGUAAGAAGGAGUUCGAGACGGCGCCAGAGCUGAAGGAGCACAUGAAGACUCACUGUAAAGUUAGGGUAUCAGGUACAAGAUCUUACAAUCGGAACAUUGACAGAAGUGGCUUCACAUACUCAUGUCCACACUGCGGAAAGACGUUUCAAAAGCCCAGUCAGUUAACGCGACAUAUAAGGAUACACACAGGUGAAAGGCCAUUCAAAUGCAGUGAGUGUGGAAAGGCUUUUAACCAGAAAGGGGCGCUGCAGACCCACAUGAUUAAGCACACAGGAGAAAAGCCACAUGCCUGCGCCUUUUGUCCUGCUGCCUUUUCCCAGAAGGGGAACCUGCAGUCCCACGUGCAGAGAGUCCACUCAGAAGUAAAAAAUGGGCCUACGUAUAACUGUACAGAAUGUAGCUGCAUAUUUAAAAGCUUAGGUAGCUUAAAUACUCAUAUCAGCAAGAUGCACAUGGGUGGACCCCCGAAUUCCACAAGUUCUACGGAGACCGCACAUGUUAUAACGGCCACGAUCUUUCAGACUUUGCCUCUGCAGCAGGUGGAAGCCCAGGUCUCUUCAGUCUCCAGUCAGCAGAGCUCUCAGGCAGUGACAGAUGUAAUUCAGCAGCUUCUGGAACUGUCUGAGCCGGGGCCAGUGGAGGCGCAGCAGUCCCCGCAGUCUGGGCGACAACUCAGUGUGACAGUGGGCAUCAACCAGGACAUCCUCCAGCAAGCCUUAGAAAACAGUGGGCUGUCUUCACUUCCAGUUGCAGCACCUCCCAGCGACUGCAGCCAUGCUCAGACGUCCACAGUGGCUCCUCAGAGUCCACAUGCCUCUAGUGUUGCUGCAGAGCAAGCUGAUCCCAUGGAUACAGGGCAGGAAAAGGCGCAGGAAGGCCCUGAGAAGACGGAUAAGAAAGAGAGGAAAAUCAUGAAGAAGAAAUCUCCAUUCCUACCUGGCUCCAUUCGUGAGGAGAAUGGGGUACGGUGGCACGUGUGUCCCUACUGCACAAAGGAGUUCCGGAAGCCCAGUGACCUCGUGCGCCACAUCCGCAUCCACACCCACGAGAAGCCCUUCAAGUGUCCACAGUGUUUCCGGGCCUUUGCCGUGAAGAGUACCCUGACUGCUCACAUUAAAACUCACACUGGCAUCAAGGCGUUCAAAUGCCAGUACUGCAUGAAGAGCUUUUCCACCUCAGGGAGCCUCAAGGUGCACAUCCGUCUACACACAGGAGUUAGACCUUUUGCUUGUCCUCACUGUGAUAAAAAAUUCCGAACCUCAGGCCAUAGGAAGACCCAUGUAGCCUCCCACUUUAAACACACGGAGCUGAGGAAGAUGAGGCACCAGCGCAAGCCUGCCAAGGUUCGAGUUGGCAAGAGCAGUGCUCCUGUCCCUGACAUUCCUUUGCAAGAACCAAUCCUUAUAACUGACUUAGGUCUUAUCCAGCCCAUUCCAAAAAACCAGUUUUUCCAAAAUUAUUUUAAUAAUAAUUUUGGCAAUGAAGCAGAUAGACCAUACAAGUGUUUUUACUGUCAUCGAGCAUAUAAAAAGUCCUGCCAUCUGAAACAACACAUCAGAUCACAUACGGGUGAAAAACCUUUCAAAUGUUCUCAGUGUGGAAGAGGCUUCGUCUCUGCAGGAGUGCUCAAAGCCCACGUGCGCACGCACACUGGACUCAAGUCUUUCAAGUGUCUGAUCUGUAAUGGAGCCUUCACCACAGGCGGUAGCUUGCGGCGGCACAUGGGCAUACAUAACGACCUCCGGCCCUACAUGUGUCCCUAUUGCCAGAAAACGUUUAAGACCUCACUGAACUGCAAGAAACACAUGAAAACACACAGAUUUGAACUGGCCCAGCAGCUCCAGCAGCAUCAAGAGUCUUCCUCCAUGGAUGACAGCACUGUGGACCAGCAGAGCAUGGAAGUGUCAGCUCCCAUGCCUGUGGAGAUUGAAAGUGCAGAGCUGCAGCAGACACCAGAGACCGUGGCGGCAGACCCCGAGGCUAUUCUAGAACUGGGGCCACAGCAUGUGGUCGGCACAGAAGAUGCGGCACUUGGACAGCAGUUGGCAGAUCAGCCCUUGGAAGCUGAUGAAGAUGGGUUUACAGCUCCCCAGGAUCCUCUCCCAGGGCACAUGGACCAGUUUGAGGAGCAGCCUACUCCACAGCAGUCCUUUGAGUCUGCAGGGCUUCCGCAAGGUUUCACAGUGGCUGACACGUACAAUCAGCAGACCCCCUUUCCACCUGUGCAGCAGCUGCAGGAUUCUAGCACACUUGAGUCCCAGGCCUUGUCCACGAGUUUCCACCAGCAAAACUUACUGCAGGUCCCAAGCUCUGACACCAUUAAUGUGGCAACUCGUUUGCUUCCAGAGUCAUCUCAAGAGGAUCUGGACCUACAAACACAGCGUCCACAGUUCCUGGAGGACAGCGAGGACCAGAGCAGGCGCUCUUACAGGUGUGACUAUUGCAACAAAGGCUUCAAGAAGUCCAGUCACUUGAAGCAGCAUGUGCGCUCACACACGGGGGAGAAGCCCUACAAGUGCAAGCUCUGUGGGCGUGGUUUUGUCUCCUCUGGUGUCCUCAAGUCCCACGAGAAGACACACACAGGCGUCAAAGCGUUCAGCUGCAGCAUCUGCAACGCGUCCUUCACCACCAACGGGAGCCUCACACGCCACAUGGCCACGCACAUGAGCAUGAAGCCUUACAAGUGUCCAUUCUGUGAAGAGGGCUUCCGCACUGCGAUCCACUGUAGGAAGCACAUGAAGAGACACCAGGCUGUCCCGUCGGCAGCCUCCGCAGCUGCAGACGCAGAGGGAGGAGAUACAUGUGUAGAGGAAGAGGAAGAAAAUUCUGACAGAAGUGCAUCAAGAAAGCCUCGUCCUGAGGUCAUUACUUUCACAGAGGAAGAGACAGCCCAGCUGGCCAAAAUCCAGCCCCAGGAGAGUGCUACGGUAUCUGAGAAGGUCUUGGUGCAGUCGGCUGCAGAGAAGGACCGCAUCAGUGAGAUGAAGGACAAGCAGGCAGAGCUGGAGGCUGAGCCCAAGCAUGCCAACUGCUGCACAUACUGUCCGAAGAGUUUCAAGAAGCCCAGCGACCUGGUGAGGCAUGUUAGAAUCCACACUGGAGAAAAGCCGUAUAAGUGUGAGGAGUGUGGGAAGAGCUUCACUGUGAAGUCCACACUAGACUGCCACGUGAAGACUCACACAGGCCAGAAGCUGUUCAGCUGUCAUGUCUGCAGCAACGCCUUCUCCACAAAAGGAAGUCUGAAAGUGCAUAUGCGCCUGCACACAGGGGCAAAGCCGUUCAAGUGCCCUCACUGUGAGCUGCGCUUCCGUACUUCAGGGCGGAGGAAGACUCAUAUGCAGUUUCAUUACAAAUCAGAUGCAAAGAAGGCCAGGAAGCCUGUGACACGAAGCUCAUCAGAAAGUCUCCAGUCUGUGAACCUCCUCAACUCCUCUUCCACAGACCCCAAUGUGUUCAUCAUGAACAACUCCGUUCUCACAGGGCAGUUUGAUCAGAAUGUGCUUCAGCAGGGGCUGGUGGGUCAGGCCAUCCUUCCCGCCUCUGUUUCAGCUGGUGGGGACUUGACAGUGUCUUUGACCGAUGGGAGUCUGGCUACCCUGGAAGGCAUCCAGUUACAGCUGGCUGCUAACUUGGUUGGACAAAAUGUUCAGAUUUCUGGACUCGAUGCAUCCAGCAUCAACAAUAUCACACUGCAGAUUGAUCCGAGCAUUUUGCAGCAGACACUACAACAGGGCAACCUGCUUGCUCAGCCAGUCACAGGGGAGCCUGGCACGGCCUCACAGAACAAUUCUCUUCAGACAUCAGACAGCACAGUCCCAGCCAGUGUUGUCAUCCAGCCCAUCUCAGGCCUGUCCUUACAGCCCACAGUGACGUCUGCCAAUCUGACCAUUGGCCCACUCUCUGAACAGGACUCUGUGCUGACAACCAGCAGCAGUGGGACCCAGGACCUCACGCAAGUGAUGACCUCACAAGGCCUCGUGUCUACUUCAACGGGCCCCCACGAGAUUACCCUGACCAUCAACAACUCAAGUCUCAGCCAGGUUCUUGCACAGGCCGCUGGUCCCACUGCCUCGUCGUCCUCGGGCUCACCACAGGAGAUUACGCUAACGAUCUCUGAACUUAAUCCUACGAGUGGGAAUCUUCCUUCUACAACACCAAUGUCGCCAUCAGCCAUUUCAGCCCAGAACCUGGUCAUGUCUUCAUCAGGCGUGGGUGGUGAUGCCAGUGUCACCCUAACCCUGGCUGAUACUCAGGGCAUGCUGUCUGGAGGUCUGGAUACCGUUACGCUGAACAUCACCUCUCAGGGUCAGCAGUUCCCAGCACUGCUCACGGAUCCCUCUCUCUCAGGCCAAGGUGGAACAGGCUCACCACAAGUCAUAUUAGUGAGCCACACUCCACAGUCCUCAUCUGCUGCUGGAGAAGAAAUAGCUUACCAGGUGACUGAUGUCUCUGCCCAGCUGACCCCCAGCAGCCAGCCUGAAAAGGAGGGCCCUCUGCACCAGUGCCUGGACUGUGAUCGUGCCUUCACGUCAGCUGCCGUGCUCCUGCACCACAGCAAGGAGCUGCACGGGAAGGAGCGCAUCCACGGCUGCCGCGUCUGCAGGAAGGCCUUCAAGCGUGCCACACACCUCAAGGAGCACAUGCUGACACACCAGGCUGGCCCCUCCCUCAGCUCUCAGAAGCCCAGGGUCUUCAAAUGUGACACCUGUGAAAAGGCAUUUGCCAAACCAAGCCAGCUGGAGCGACACAGCCGCAUUCACACAGGGGAGCGGCCGUUCCACUGCACUCUGUGUGAGAAAGCCUUCAACCAGAAGAGCGCGCUGCAGGUGCAUAUGAAGAAGCACACUGGUGAGCGGCCCUACAGGUGCGACUACUGUGUCAUGGGCUUCACACAGAAGAGCAACAUGAAGCUGCACAUGAAGCGAGCACACAGCUUUUUGGGAACCUUGCAGGCAGCCACUGUGGUCCAGGAACAGGAUGGAGAAGAGCUAAGGACUCUCCACUUAGAGGAAGUGGUGCAGGAGGCGGCGGGUGAAUGGCAGACCCUAACCAAUGUGUUCUGAUGCCAAGGAAAGAGGCCAAGAGCAUCCGUGAAGUACAUUUGUGAAGAUCAGAGCACUCAGAGUUUCUGUUUUAAAACCGAAAGUGUUAAAAAGCUACCACAAUAGUUUUUUAGCUAAAAUUAUCUGAAGAAUCAUUGUCCUUUAAAGACCAGCAAGAAAGACACUGGGCCAUGUCCAUGCACUGUCCUCAUUUGUCAAAUCACAGAACCUGGCACUGCCGUGAUGGCUUCUACCUUCUCAUGGCCAGUGACGUCCUUAGCAGGUGAACUGGAUCUGAAUAUCAUUGCAGUGAGAUUCAUGUUAGUGAAAGACAAGUUAGCACGGAAAACACACGUGUGGUAGCGCACGAAGCUCCGAAGUGGUGCCGUCACACACGGAUGUUUCCCACCUUUUACUCUGCACUCUGCUGAUUAGUAGCAAUCAGUUCUUUUUAGCCCACUCUUAAGCUAAUGUAACUGAUGCCUUGAGAGAUGGCUGGACCAGUUCUCUCUCCAUCACAGAUACCUAAUCCUUAGUUAGUUAGAAGAACACAAGAUCUGGUGGGUGACGGCAGGGCCACGGAGGAAAUCUGACCUGCAGGUGAGGACCAGCCGCUCACAUGGAUGUCCACAUGCUUGCUGCAUGAAUCUGUCCGGUCACAUGUGUUAGGUCACUGCAGAAGCACAAGCCAUACUCUGUGAGCAGGAAGUGACAAGAGUUGUCUAAGGGACAGGUGGCUGUCCCUAUCCACCUCAGUAAAUUUAUCUGUAUUUUAAGGCUAAGGACCCACAAGAAGCCUGCGACUUUUCUUCUCAUGCAUUCGGAGGUUGUUUUCAUUUCAGGGAAUCCUUUAGUGUCAUCAGCCGUGCCACCUGAGACACAUCCCAAACCAAAUCCUCCUGCGCUGAGCAGUGUGCGCGCCUCAGCAUUCCAAAGACAGACGGUCCCACUUCAUAUCGAUUCCCUUGGAGCUGUUUAUGUGUUCUGUUUGUAAAUACCGUGUACAUAGGCAGGCACGCGGGCCUCCAUGUGGCUGAGGAGUGUGUCUUGUAAAUAGAAGCACGAGUCGUCCUCACAGCGCAUCUGCGGCCACCCCCGGUGCACCUCAGGCCCGUGUCUGUUCACUCUGUUAAUAAAGGGAUAUCUUUUUCACUGUAACGUAAAGCUGGGCUCUAUUUUUUUUUUCUGAAAAAAAAAAUUGCCUUUAUUUUCUCUCAUUGCCUCCUUGGUUUUCAGAAGAGAGCAUUUUUAUUAUAAAUAUUAUGUGGACUUGUUCACUAUGAGUCCUGAAGAGAGAGACAUUUCACUGUUACUUUGAAAGGGCAUCUUUUGAUUUUGUUCACUUUUGUCAUUUGUAUAUAAGUAAUAUUGACAGUGACAUAAAACUUUUGUUAUGUGAAAAUAUUUAAGUCAAGAGAACUGUUAAAUAUUAUUACUUUUUUUCCAAACUGAUUUGUGUAUUGUAUAUUUUUUUAAGAAGAAAAAAGCCUUACUUGACUUAUUGUGAUACUGGACUUAAAAACCUGAGGCUCCCUGAAUGUCAUUGUGUACACCUGGCCGUGGUAGUGUUUUCAGAAUAAUUGUAAUUGUGCGAGAGUUCUAAAGUCUCUGCUAUUAAUGCACUUUUUAUUUUAUAAUUUUGUAUUAAAGUAUUUUAGAAAUAUUAAUUAAGUUUAGUGAAUAGACAUCCCCCAAUUGAAAUUUUUGGAUUUAAGGUUUUUGUUCUUGCGGGGUUAUUUAUUUUCCUUUCAGCAUUAACUGUCAUCUCAGGACAUCUGUAGAGGGCUGGCUACUUCCUGGUUGCGCAGUGAGUGCAGGGUGAACUGCGGCAGUUCAUCGCCUCUGUAAGGAAGGUCUGACCAGGCGAAUCUGAAGCUUUUACUUUGGUUAAGAAAAAGAAAAUGUACCAGUAAUCAAUUCUGCAUCUUUACUCAGUUUAUUAGUAAGCAAACAUGACGUGUGUGUGUGUGUUUUGAUUUACUUCCUUACCAUCAAAGCUGCUUUUUUACCAACAUUCCUUGGAAGUACAAGGUUCUGAGAAGGUAGCUCACUUGAAUAUUGUGGUUUACAGGCUGGUCUCUGUAUUUUCAUGUUUGAAAUGCUGUUUUAGGAAAGUUGUUUCUAGCCUCAUAUGUAACCAGGGUCUUGAGGAUAGAGAACUGUAUUUUUAGAACUCUAUAUAACAUAUCUGUUUUGAAAUAACUAAAUGCAAAAUGACAUUAGGAAAUGUGGUGUUUGUGUUUUGUUUUGUUUUUAAAUCAUGCUUAAGAUAGACUAGUUGGGUGGGGAAUAAAUUUCAAUUCAGGUAUUUCUAGCAGGAAAAAACAAAACUGUAAUGAUGUUUCUUUUACCUAUGUGAAGUCCAGAGAAUGCAUAUCCUCUUUGUGUCUCCCUGAAGUAUGUCCAGUUGGCAGUCAGAUAUGGCCCUUGACAGAGCAUCCUGUGUCUGGUGGGGUCCCGUAGGUGCUGUUUGCCCUUCAGUUCUGUGGAGCCACUUAGUUCCUAGAGGAGGCUGCUGGUUGCUAGAAGAACAGCUAAGCACAUUCCUGAAGGCACAAUCUGGCAGUCAUAAGAUGAACACAGCUGAGGAGCUGAGGGAGCAGGAGCCUUCAGGAAGCUGGAGGUCAAGGUGGAGUUGGGAACAGAAAUGCUCCUCACACCAGUGAGGUCUCCUGGAAGCGGCCCUUGUCAGUGCUGGAGGUGCUUGCGAAGCGGUGAGGAAAUCAGGGAGGGAGUACCGUGCUUUAGGAGACCAAAGGGGCUCCUGAGAAAUUGCUUCCAUAGUGAGGUGCCAGUAUGGUGAGCAGUGUGCACCAGAAAAUGUGUAUUGUUUUGUGUGCCCUUCACAUCAUGUUAAAGGAAAUUUGAGUUCUGUUCCUCUGAAUUCUCACAAGCACCAGUGAGUUUAGCAUAUCUGUGUGGUCCAGAUUGCAGAGAGGAGGUUCUUCCUGUGGGCUCUGAGAAUUGUAUUUACACACUAAGACUCAACGUUCCAACUUGAAUGGUACCACACAGAUGUGUGUAUGUAGCAUUUUAUAACAUAUGUAUCUGAAGGUCUACCCUCGGGUUCUGUGCCAAGGGAUAGCUCAGGCCUCUUUGCAUAAGGGUUUUCUCCCAAGCCUUUUUCAAAGGCCUUCCUAGCCCCACACCAAGAGUGACCCCAGGGUCUGGUGCUGCUGACUCCUGAACCUUAUACACAGGAGAUUGGUCCAUAGCCCCUCUUUUUCUGCACUUGGUUUAUAUUCAUCUGAUGUGGGUAAAAUUCAUGUAAUUCAGAGCAAAGUCUUCAGUGGACUGUGCUUGCAAACACUUGCAACCCCAACAUCUGGGGAGUGGAGGCAGGAAGAUCAGAACCUCAGUCAUCCUCUACCACAUAGUAUGUUCCAGGCCAGCCUGGGCUACCAAGACAAAACCAAACCAAAAGCCAAGUAAAGUAAAAUUUCAAAAUGGCUACCCAUGAUAGCCCAGUUAGUGGCACUUGAUCUGUUUUGUUUUGUUCUUACUGUAGUGAAAUGAUUGAAAUCUGGUUGCAUCCUCUUUGCUGUCUGAAAAUUAGCGGUUUAAGGGAAGCUGGCAGCCUGCACCCUGGCAGUGUGGAGCUCAAGCUGCUGCUGGUGCCAACUGGCUGCUUCCCCGGCGUGCGCGCGCUUAGUGAACACAUACUCCAUUUCACACCCUGCUGCACAGGCGCUGGGGUCAUUUUUUUUGUAUGGACUAAAUGGUAGAGAUCUGUUAGAGUGUCAGGAGCAAUAGGCAGUAAUAAAACAAAAAACGUGCUAUUUAAUCUUUUCUAUGUGUAACGCUUAUGGCAUGAAGACUUUUGUAUUGAAUCAAGAUUUGUAUAUUGACAGGUUCUAAAAUGCCAUAGUGAUUGUUCUUCAGCCACCACUAAGAAAAUUCAAAGUUAAUUUUUUAAUUUACAGAAAAGUUCUCUUUUUAUCUUCAGAAUUGUCUCAUGGUCUAUUUAUACAUUGGAUGAUAUUUAUUUAAUCCAGUUUUGUAUUAGAAAUUGAUAGUUAUGCCAAAAGCCACCGUGCUGGCUUUUAAAAACAAUAAAAAUAGUUUUUGUAUUAUUUUGAAA